CCGAACCCAUCGCCUGAACUCUACUCCUGAGCGACUGUUGACAAAGUGUCAGAGCUUGUCGAGAUAACUGUUCUCUUUCAGAAUCACAUCUUAUCAGAUAAUUAAGAAAAUAUGAUUAUAAUUUAUGGUGUGUCCAAGAUUAUAGUAAUUCUAUGUCUACUUUGUUUUGUCAUCAGUAAACAACACGGCCAUGGCCACAAACCAAGAAAAAUAAUAAUAGAUACAGAUCCCGGAGGAGAUGAUGCUCUAGCAGUAAUAUUAGCUCUAAUGUAUGAAAGUAAAAGUCAUGAUAUCGACAUACUAGCCAUAACUGUUACGUAUGGCAACACAAAUGUGGAAAACGCGGAAAAGAACUUGUUGAAGAUUUUAACAGUUGCUGACAGAAAAGUACCUGUGUACAUUGGUGCUCACAAACCAUUAAUAAACAAGUAUACAACUGAUUAUUAUUUUGGCGAUGAUGGAUUUGGAGAUUUUAAUUUUACUCAAAAAAUAACUGCGAAAGUUGACAGAUCAAAACACGCUUCUGUACUGCUUGUUGACUUAGUGAAACGAUAUCCAGGUGAAAUAAUCGUAAUCACUCUUGGACCUUUAACAACAAUUGCUACAGCAAUUGCAUUAGAACCUAAUUUCUUACAUUUAGUAAAGCAACAUAUUAUGAUGGGAGGAACUCUAAAAAAUGGCGAGCUUGAAUUUAAUUUUAAACAAGACCCAGAAAGCAACUGGAUUGCAUUAAAUAAUACUGUUAAACCUAGUAUUGUUCUCCCAAUAGACACAGUAAACUCUCAUGCUUUUUCACAAGAUGAAUAUACAAGUGUUUAUAAUAAUAUAGACAGUUCUAUCGCAAACUUCUUGCAUCUAGCUGAAAGAAAGGCUUUGGAAAAAGGAAAUAAUAUAUGGCUACCAUCAGAUGGUAUCACUAUGGCAAUCGCAUUACAACCGGAUAUAAUAAUGCGAUCAUUUGAAACUCAUUUAACUUCAGUACUUGUUGGUGAUGCAAAAGGUUCAGUUGUGGCAAAUCCCAAUAAUCCAGUACAUAAUGUGAAAAUUGUAGAAUAUUUUAACAAAAAUGCAUUCAAACGUUUCUUAUUAAAAUAUCUUUAAAAAUUUUAAUUUAAAUUAUUUUUCAUUUCACUACUUCGAAUUAGUUUUUAACUUUGUAUUAUAUGACAUGUAUCACCUAUGACAAGCAUCAUGUAUAAAGAAAUACUUACGU